AUGAGUACGAGUACGAGUAUAGAGGUAUUUGGAUCCAGAGGAUCUUCCUUGAUCUCUUUGGUGAAUAAUUUAAAGUUGUCAAUAGCUUUAGCAGUUUACAGGCCAGACGUGAAUAUUCAAAUCCAAAUCCCCGAGAGUGCUGAUGAUGAGAUAAAGGGUAAGGACAAGAGUGUUUUACUAAGGGAUAAGAAAACAGGGUUUGAAUUGGUAGAAGUAAACGCUAUUGUUAAAUACUUGGCCAACGAUUUCACUAAUAAUGAGUUUCUUCAGUUUGAAGAGUCGAGAUUACACAAGGCGUUAUUGACCAAUCAAAAAAAGGCAUUGUUAGUAGAAGCUUUAAGUAAUACUCCAAGACCAGCCGUGCCAUUAUUGUCGGACAAAAUGGACCUGGCUCCCAACCCCACCCAGAUUAUCUUAUUCGCAGCAUUAUAUCCAGUCUACAAUGGCUUGAGCGAAGCGCCUACUUGGUUUCAAGAGCUUGGCAAAAACCCCAAGAUAUCGUCAUCAUUACCAGGCGUUGCCAAAUUAGAAAGACCAAAAGAGAAAAACACCGGUGCGCAAAAGCUUACAAAGAACCAUCUCGUUAAGAAGCAAGCAGACAGAAUUGUACCCAAACCUGACGAGCGUAAUAUCUUAAUCACAUCAGCUUUACCAUAUGUUAACAAUGUACCACAUUUGGGGAACAUUGUUGGGUCCGUUUUGAGUGCUGAUAUAUAUGCCAGGUAUGCCAAGAACCGUAAUUACAAUGCGAUAUACAUUUGUGGUACCGAUGAAUACGGUACAGCAACAGAAACAAAGGCAUUAGAAGAUGGUGUUACUCCACAACAGUUAUGUGACAAGUACCACAAGAUUCAUAAAGAGGUGUAUGAUUGGUUUGAUAUUGGAUUUGAUUACUUUGGAAGGACUACAACUCCAACGCAAACUGAAAUUGCUCAAGAUAUCUUUACAAAAUUGUACAAUAAUGGCUAUUUAGAGGAGAAAACUACUGAGCAGUUGUAUUGCGAACACCACAACUCAUUCUUGGCAGAUAGGUUUGUAGAAGGUACGUGUCCAAAAUGUGCAUACGAAGAUGCAAGAGGAGACCAGUGUGACAAAUGUGGACAAUUGUUGGAUCCCUUAGACUUGAUUGAACCUCGAUGUAAAGUUGAUGGUACAAAGCCCGUUGUAAAACCAUCAACUCACAUUUACCUCAAGUUAAACGAAUUAGAGGAACCUUUGAAAAAAUGGGUUGACUUGUCUAGUGAAAAAGGAGCUUGGUCAAAAAACUCCAAAACCAUUACAAAUUCUUGGAUUAAGCAAGGGUUGGAGCCUAGAUGUAUCACAAGAGAUUUGAAAUGGGGUACACCUGUUCCUCUCCCGGGUUACGAAAAUAAAGUCUUGUAUGUUUGGUUCGAUGCCACAAUCGGAUAUGUUUCCAUCACCGCAAACUAUUUCAAAGGCAUUCAACAAGAAGAAAAAAGAGGAAAAGGAGAAGGAGAAGGAGAAGGAGAAGGAGAAGGUUCUACUGAAUAUUGGAAGCAAUGGUGGAGGAAUCCAGAAAAUGUCGAUUUGUAUCAAUUUAUGGGUAAGGAUAAUGUACCAUUCCACACGGUUGUUUUCCCUGCCACGGAAAUCGGUACAGGUGAUAAUUGGACCAAGCUACACCAUUUGAGCACUACCGAGUAUUUGCAAUAUGAAGGAGGCAAAUUCUCCAAAUCGCGAGGUAUUGGAGUUUUCGGUAACAAUGCCAAACAAACUGGAGUUGCCUCAAGUGUAUGGAGAUACUACUUGGCCUCAAACAGACCGGAAACUAGUGAUGCUCACUUUUCAUGGGACGAUUUCGUAACCAAGAACAAUAGUGAGUUAUUAGCCAACUUGGGUAACUUUGUCAAUCGUAUUGUUAAGUUUGCUAUUGCCAAAUAUAACGGUGUUUUGCCCAAAUAUGACACAAGGAAUAUCCCAAACUAUGAAGGAGGAUUUGUUUCUGAAAUCAACUCACUCUUAUCGACUUAUAUUGCAAACAUGGAAGCAGUUAAUUUGAGAAAAGGGUUGGAAACAGCAAUGUUGAUUUCUUCGAGAGGAAAUCAGUUUUUGCAAGAAAACAAAUUGGACAACUCUUUAUAUAAUAACUUUCCGGAAAAAUCCGAUGCCGUUGUUGUAACUGCAUUGAACUUGGUUUAUUUGGUUGGAGCGGUUAUCUCGCCAUUUAUGCCCGAAAUUGCCAAUAAGAUCAAUGAGAUGUUGAAUGCUCCUGCAUUAUCAAUAACCGAUGAAUUUGUACCUGUAUUACAGCCGGGACACCAUAUUGGCAAGGCUCAAUAUUUGUUUACUAGAAUUGAUGAAAAGAAGGUUGAAGAAUGGAGAAAGUUAUAUGGGGGACAAAAGAAAACAGAAGCUUGA